CCUGUUCCUCUUGCAGUCAAGAUGCCAGAAACAGCAGAAGCUGUGUCAGCGACAAUCACCACCAACAGAAACUGCACCAUAGAAAUAACCAAUGUCAGCGGCAGCUACUGUCUCAUCAACCCCAAGGUGUACAUGGCGAGCGGCUUCUGCCAGCACCCGCCCCAGCCGACCGUUCGCACCGCCAAGACCGAAGUGUGCUCGUUCACCAAGGACGACAACACCGCCACGGGCGCCGUGGGCCUGCUGACCUAUGACCUGUUCCAUAUGCAGAGCCGGGUUUGCUCCGAGCGCAUGGCCAUCUUGUUCUCCGUGCCCUAUGACCACAACUUGUACAAGAACCGGCUGGCCAUGGGCGUGGUGGAGCAUUCCCGCGACUGCGACAAACAUUUGUACGACCAGAUGUAUGACGGCAAAGACCUCAGCAACAUGUCCCGCUCUGAUGCAAAUGGCUGCGGGCUGGAGUACAAAGCCAAGUAUGUGGAUUUGAAGGCGACCAUGUCCACUAUUGGCAAAGCCAUUGUUAAACUGGAGCUCUAUGAUAAAAUGGGUCAUUAA